GCGUAAGUAACAAUGCCGCACUUUAUUUUUUACAAGCAAUUGGUCAGUUUUUCUAUACCGCACUUUAUUCUGAACUUGGCUAGGUCUCCACCGCCCGACUGUCCCGAAAAGGCGAUGUUCUGGCUUUCAUUUCUUUUAUCCUCGUUUGGAACACCUUCAAGUUGUCCUCUCCAUGAGCAGCUCGAAAUCAAACACCAAUAGCGACAACAACAAUAACAACAAUUCUGCAGUGUCCAAUGUCGUAAACGAUUUAGUACGUGCUGCUGUGGGCGGCGAUACAAGUGCUGUACCAGAUGACGAUAUCGACAAGUACGUUGCCGAUUUAAUUCUUAAAGAAGCCGAGGCCAAACGAAAAAAGUACGACAAUGAAGGUGUGCGUGCGUAUCAACCUGACUUUGGAGCAGCUCAACCCAACAAUCUGCCAAAACCAAAUAAACGAUUCUUUUUUAACAUGAUAAAGGCAACCGAUAGUUACAACCAAUCACUUAAAGAACAAGAAGAAGAACUUGCUCGAGAAAAAGAGAGAUACCUUCGACGAAGACGACGACAUGGACAUUGUGACGAUGACGAUUCGAGUGACGAGCGUAGAAAAAGGCGACGAAGGCACGACUACGAUUCAUCUCGGCGACAGCACCAUCAUUACCACCGUCAUGACAGCGAGCGGGAUGACGAGGUUGAUGAUAAAUACUCGGACGAUGAUCGAUCUUCUUCUUCUCGGAUGCAUCGAAAGGAUCAUAAUCAAUCAGCAUCAAAGCAUGGCAAUUUUGAUGAUGGAGAAGAAGAAGGACGACGACCAUCACAUAAAGAUGACAGCUCAAAAAAACAAAAUGAUAAACGACGAUCAAAAGGCUCAGAGAAAGCUUCUAUACCCGUUAUCAUUCGUGGACGGGGUCGAGCAACACAAGGCAGCAGUAGUAAGAUGGACAAGUAUUUUUCCAAGCAAUAUGAUCCAGCGUUAGACAUUGAACCUGAUUUGGACAGGAUGAUUCUUGCCGAAUUCAAUGAUAGCGAUGACGACAGCAGCACGAAGAAGAGAAAGAAGAAGAAGAAGGAUAAAAAGGAAAAGAAAAAGAGCAAAAAGAAAAAAUCAUCAUCAAAAAGAAAGAAACGAGAGGAGACUGAUAGCGGCGAUGGUAGUAGUAGUGGUAGCGAUGAUGAUUAUGUUCGAGUAAAAUCUCCUCCCCCUCCUAGACCUAUAAGAGCUUGGGAUGUGGGCAAAUUUUGAUUUUGCAUAUCUGGAAAUUUGAUAUAAUCACGCUAUCUGUGUUUAUUUAUGUUCUUACACCGGCGAUAUGGUAUUUCUCGCUCGAUGGAUGGCAACAUGACUGGAAGGCACAGUAGUAAUCCAUUAUAGCGAACCUGUGUUUUAACAUGAUGUUCCCAUGGAUACGCUAUGGUGGUCUGGUUCAUCCUUUUGCAGUUCUCGAUUUCGAUUGCUUCAAUCGCCGAGAAGCGCAGGGCAUCAAUAAAGUAGCGAGAGUUACAAUUGUUGAUUACAGUAAAGUGCGGUAAAAUUCUUAAUAGUUAAAUCCAUCACUACAGCGUCCUUUAUGUCAUUGAGUACUACAAGCGAUGGAUGACAACUUUUCCAACGAUCCAAGCAUUGGCGAAUGCCGAUAUUGAG